ACGAGUAGCAGGAUGUUUACUCUGAUUAAAGAUGGGUCAGGCAUAGCCAGCUAGCUUGCCUUCUUUUUCUCGUUUGUUUGUUUUAUUUUAUUUUUCUGUAUUUUUAGCACUGCUUAGAUUAUUAGCUAGCUAAAUGGAGACCCCAGGUUUAGCAUGAAACUGCGGACUCACCAUGACAGAAGAAAUUCCUACGAGAACCGAAGAGCGUUGAAACUGAGGGAAUCUCCCAUUGUAAUGCAGACUAAUUCAUCAGAGACGCACACUCCUUCAGGAAAUGGCUUAUCCCUAACACUGCAACCAGAGCGACUCCCGAGGACACCCAACACGGAUGGUUCUUUCAACACAUUGGAACCAGAUGAUGUCCGUGUCUCCAUGACUGGCUCAUCGACAGGACCUAGCGGGAGACAUGCAUCGCGCAGAACCCGAGCAGGUUCUCACAGUCACUCGCAUACCCAUGGACACAGCCGCCCCCAUCCUCAACCCGAACCCGAGAACGAAUCCAUCGAUUCCGACUUGGAGAAUGGAGAGCCGAGCACAUCGUUCUCUGAAUUUCGUUACCUCUUUCGCUGGAUUCAAAAAAGUCUUCCGUUCAUAAUCAUUCUCUGUGCUAAACUUAUUAUUCAACAUGCAUUAGGGCUUGCUGUUGGAAUUGGCUUGUUUACAACUUUUGUAUAUGUAAACAAAAAUAUUCAGAGCCAAGUGUUUGUCCAGGAUCGACGUUCAAAGUUUCAGUGUGUUUGGCUCUUGCUGUUCCUGACAUCUUCCACACUCCUGGUCUACUACGCUUUCCUCAGCGAUGCACUUUACUACUGUCUCAUUUUUAUGAGCCCCAGUAUCGAGCCCUUGGGCUUCUGGGAAGUCUUAUGGGCUGUCGGGGUGACCAACUUUGUUGCAAAGUUCAUCUUCAUGGGAUUAAAGUGCCUUAUUCUCCUGCUCCCCACCUCCAUGGCUGCAUACAGGACUCAGGGGAAAUGGUUUAUGAUGACUGAGGAGGUUGGGCAGGUGUACCAGACAUUGGUGCCCCUGCCAGCCUGGUUUCGUUACCUGGUGACCUACCAGGAAGAAGAUGGUCGCACCGGCCUGACCCUGGGUAUCCUGCUUGCUUUGGUCUACCUCAUACUGAAGCUUUUGGGACUUUAUGGACAAUGGGGUUCUCUUCAGAAAACAAUUACUAUCUUUCUCAGCAAUGAGAAUAGUGGCGCCGCCGCCACCAAGAGUCAGUGUGCUGACGCAGGGGAUGUGUGCCCCAUAUGUCGGGCAGAGUAUAGAGAGCCACGAGUCCUCCUGUGUCAGCAUAUCUUCUGCGAGGAGUGCAUUGCUUUGUGGUUGAACCAGGACAGGACGUGCCCUCUCUGCAGAACGGUCAUCACGGACAAAGUGCACAAGUGGAAAACUGGUGCCACCUCUGCUUACUUACAAAUAUACUGAUUGUGAAAGGAAUGAAGGAUGGAGUUGUAAAGGAGAUGUUAAACAUGAGAAAAGCCACCUCAUUGUGUAAACCACUUGACUAGUGUGGUUGGGCACUAGGCACAGUGUCAUGAAUGUGCUGUCUGGCAGCAAUACUCCUCCUCAGUGCACAAAGGGUAACCAUCCCCGCCCUCAGUGUUGCUCAAGGGCUGGUUGGGGUCAGUCAGUCUUAGUGCAAUUUGCACUCCAAUGUGAUAUCAUAACCUCCCCAUUUAUCUUAUUAUUACAAAUCCUUUUCUGACCCCCCCCCCCCCCCCCCCCCC